CCCCGCCCCGCCACCGCGUGGCUGUGCGUCCGGGCUGUUAGCGAGAAAGUGGUUUGACGCCGAGCUGGCGGCGGCGGGUCACGUGAGCGGAAGAUGGCGACCCCGGCUGGCGGUGGGGGCUCGGCGGUGUCGGUGCUGGCCCCGAACGGGCGGCGCCACACGGUGAAGGUGACGCCGAGCACCGUGCUGCUGCAGGUUCUGGAGGACACAUGCCGCCGACAGGACUUCAACCCCAGCGAAUACGAUCUGAAGUUUCAGAGGAACGUGCUUGACCUCUCUCUCCAGUGGAGAUUUGCCAAUCUGCCCAAUAAUGCCAAGCUGGAGAUGGUGCCCAUCUCCCGGAGCCGCGAGGGGCCUGAGAACAUGGUUCGCAUCGCUCUGCAGCUGGAUGAUGGCUCUAGGUUGCAAGACACUUUCUGUUCGGGCCAGACGCUCUGGGAGCUUCUCAGCCAUUUUGCACAGACCAGGGAGCGUCUGGAGCAGCCGUGUGAGGCGAGCCCGGCCUGUGUGUACAUGAGGGAUGAGGUGACGGGCAGAGCCUCCUUGCAGGCCACGACGCUCCAGUCCCUAGGCCUCACGGGGGGCAGCGCCAUCAUCAGGUUUUCCAUGAAGCGCUGCAGCUCUGCUGGGGUCGCCCGGAGCAAAGCCCCAGGAAGUCUGACCGUUUCUCUUUCGGCCGACCAGGCCGCCGGCAGCCCUCUGCUUCCCCUGGAUUCAGCAGGGCUCAGCCAGGGGGACGUGAGCCAUCAGGACGAAGCAGGCAUCUCGGGGGCCGGCUGUGUGGAUGCUCAAGCCAAGCAGAUCUCCACGGAGCCUGCCCCCGCCCCCUUUGUCCCUUUCUCAGGUGGGGGGCAGCGACUGGGGGGCUCCUCCGGGUCAGCCAGGUCUCUGAUGUCGCCCUCAGCCAAAUUGCCUAAGUCCUUCUCCAGCCCUGGAGGCCCCUCCGAGCCGAAGAAGUCUAGGCCUGGCCAGGAGCCCCGGCCAGAGCCAGAGCCGCCGGUGGAUCGGGACCCUGUGGUGUGCCACCCUGACCUGGAGGAGCUGCUCCAGGCCUGGCCUGCGGAGCUGCCGGACGAGUUCUUCGAAGUGACCGUGGACGAUGUGAGGAGACGCUUGGCCCAGCUCAAGAGUGAGCGGAAGCGCCUGGAAGAAGCGCCCUUAGUGACCAGGGCUUUCAGGGAGGCUCAGAUGAGGGAGAAGCUGGAGCGCUACCCUAAGGUGGUCCUGAGGGUCCUGUUCCCUGACCGCUACAUCCUGCAGGGCUUCUUCCGCCCUAACGAGACAGUGGGUGAUCUGCGGGACUUUGUGAGGAGCCACCUGGGGAACCCUGAGCUGCCCUUCUACCUGUUCAUCACUCCUCCAAAAAGUGUCCUGGAUGACCCCACGCUGACCCUCUUCCAGGCAAAUCUCUUCCCUGCGGCCCUUGUGCACUUUGGAGCCGAGGAACUGACAGGCCUCUUCCUGGAGCCUCGGCUGCUGGAACACACGGUCUCCCCGUCUGCGGCUGACGUGCUGGUGGCCAGCCUUCUGUCCGCAGGUGCAUGUCCAGGGCUGCUGGAACCCCACCCCCGAUGUCAGCCCCUGACCCUGCACCCCUUGAAUUGGAGCCAAUGGCCGAGGCAGGGGCAGUGGGGCUCCCUGAACCCAGCCCCGGGACGGCCCAGCCAGUCAGGAGGGAUCUGGGCAAGGUGCCCAAGUGGCUGAAGCUGCCAGCCAGCAAGAGGUGAGCGCCACCAGCCCGGACGUGCCCCGUGUGCCGGCCGCAGGACCCCUCCCCACCCUGAGCGGAAAUAAAGGUGUGAGCUUCUCUCGA